CUUCCUCUUCACGUACUCAGUCUUUGGCGGAUAUUCGGAGGAACGCGUCGCGUGUGUCUCCCUGGCGGGUGUGUUUUUCCGAGCGUUUUUCGUGACACGACUUGUGUGAGAGUGUUGUUUUCCCGUUCUGCUGGACGAUUCGGCCGUAUUUUUGGAACACGCCAGCAAGCGAGCAACAAACAUAAAAGGGAAAUUCAUCAAAUAGAGAGAAACAAAAAAUACACACACGCGGAAUGGAAGCAAUAUCUGAUGAUUAAGAUCGACGUCAUGCCAUCGGCACCUGGAGUGAUGAUGACGAUCGCGGCUACCCCGGCCUGGUGUAGGUGGUAGGGUCUCCUCCUUCCGUUCGUGAUUUCAUUUUAGCGGUGUGGAGCGGCGGUACGAAAGUGUGUUUCUUUUUUUCUGCGUGUGAGCCGCGCUUCAAAACGACAAAAUUCAAUCCGGAAAAGUGAAAAGUGCGACCGAGUGGUAAAUAAACAGAACUGACAUUGUGUAUGCCCCCACGCGCGCACUUCAACACGGAACGACGGGACGGUGAAGUGACGCGAAGAAACCAAAAAGAAGGAACCAAAGCGGUCGAAAAAGGUGACGAAAGGCGGAAGGAGUCAUCGGAAGGUGUGCGAGGGUGAGAAAUGUGGGACAACCAAAAGUCGAAUAUCGAUUGAAGGAUUGAGUGCAGCAGCGUUUAAAGUGUGGCUUUAAAGACAAGUGUCGUCCGAAGGGGAGGCUGUUGAUGAGUUCACGUGAUGACCCGUGAUUAUUAUUAGCGAAGAAGCGAAAGAGCGAGAGCCUCUUCACCGUUUGCAACAAGUGUUUAGCUAAAGAAGGUUUCUACGGAGUAAUAAUAAUACAAGAAGUGUGAGAAGCUAGAGAAGAAGCGAAGAAAAAAAAAUUCGUCCUGAUAGUAGAAAGCUACGCAAGAAAAAAAAAGAGCAAAGUAAUAAGCCAUUAUAGCGCAUACAAAAAAGGUGGUGUUCAUUUUUCUAUCCUCUCGUAAUAAGAAUAUUUUGCGUGUGUCAGUGCGUGUCCAAGUGUUUUCUUUUCUCUGUGUCCUAUUUUUCUGUGUGUGCAGUGUCCACCCCCAACCCGUCAACCAAAUUAAAAAUAAGUAGCAAAAAAAAGAGCGUGUGUGUGUGUUCGUUUCAAUAAUCAUCCACAACAAUGCUUAAUUCAUUGGAAGCGUUGGCCGGCAAGAUUUCGCCCGGUUCCGGCAAGAGUUCGCCCUCGUCCGCGAUCGACAGCAACGGCAACAAGGUGCUCCUCGGGGCGUAUGCCCACCACCAUCAUCUGCACGCGGCGAAACAUCCCUACCAGAAGCCGGGCCUCAGCAACAACAAUAACAACAGCAAUGUGGUGAACAAUCCGGCGAAUGGGGCACUGAUGGCGGUGGGGGCACUCGGGGGCGGCGGCGGAGCGAUCCAACCGGUGAUCGGCAUCGGCAGCAGCAAUGGUACCGAUCCGAGCGACCGUCACCGGAUGGCCCUGGCGGAGAUUCCGGACGAACCGAUGAUGAUGAUCGAGAUGAACGCGAAGGAAAAUGCCAUCCUUAAUAUGAACAAUAACAACAACAGCACCGCCAACAAUAACCUCAGCCCCACCAGUAACAACAACAACAAUCACAUCACGCUAAACAACAACAAUCCCAAUGUGAUAAACCAGAACAGCAACUGCACCGGAACCACCGGCUUAGAGCUGGUCUCGCCGCGAAAAUCGGAAAACAGCUGCGACGAGGACGAGGGCAUCGUGAGGGACCAGCCCGAUCCGGAUUACAUCAAGAUGUUCGUCGGCCAGGUGCCCCGCUCGAUGGACGAACAGCAGCUGCGGGAGAUGUUCGAGGAGUUUGGCAGGGUGCACCAGAUCAACGUGCUGCGGGACAAGUCGUCCGGGAUGAGCAAAGGGUGCUGUUUUGUGACGUUUUAUACGAGAAAAGCGGCCCUCAAGGCUCAGGACGCGCUGCACAACAUCAAAACGCUUGUGGGGAUGCAUCAUCCAAUCCAGAUGAAACCUGCCGACAGUGAAAACAGGAAUGAACGAAAGCUGUUCGUUGGAAUGCUGAGUAAAAAGUACAAUGAGAACGAUGUGAGGCAACUGUUCUCCGGUCACGGAAUGAUCGAGGAAUGCACGGUACUGCGGGAUCCGUCCGGGCAGAGCAAAGGCUGUGCCUUUGUCACGUUCGCAACCAAACAGGCGGCGAUCGGAGCAAUCAAGUCUCUGCACCAAAGCAAAACUAUGGAAGGCUGCUCGGCACCACUGGUGGUGAAAUUCGCCGACACGCAGAAGGACAAGGACGCCAAGCGUAUGCAGCAGAUGCAGUCGAACCUGUGGAACAUCACCGGCAUCAAUCAGCCGAUUACGCAGUCGGUGACGCCACUGACCGCACCGGCCACCGGUCACCAUCCGAACCCACCGCAACAGCAGACGCCAUUCCUAGCGGCGGACGCCAUUUCGCCAGCCUCCCUGACGCUGCUGCAGCAGCUGCAGGCAGUGGCCCAGCAGCAGCAGUUUUUGCAAGGACUUACUGCCCAGCCUGAUACAACGGCAGCCACAGGACUACUGACACCGCUGUCGAUGCAGAAUUUGGUAACGCUGGCGGCCAUGACGCAGCCCUCGCUACAGGCUGCCGCCGCUCAGACACCCACCGCGGCCAUCACGAACGCAGCGAAUUCACUAUGUCUGUUAGGGAAAACAGCAGCGACAUCUGCUUCAGGGGCCACCGGAACCGAUAGCGCACUGUCGCAAUACGCCGCUCUGCCCCAGUUCGGCUCGGCGGCAACAGCAGCAUUCACCACGACGCCUUUAGCUAAUCCCACGAUGGCGCAAGCAGUGGCCGCGGCCGCUGGCAAGCAGAUCGAAGGUCCCGAGGGCUGCAAUCUGUUUAUCUACCACCUGCCGCAGGAGUUCACCGAUACUGACCUGGCGUCAACGUUCCUCCCCUUUGGCAAUGUGGUCUCCGCCAAGGUGUUCAUCGACAAGCAGACCAACCUGUCCAAGUGUUUCGGUUUCGUGUCCUUCGACAACGUGGCCUCGGCGCAGGCCGCCAUCCAGGCGAUGCACGGUUUCCAGAUUGGCACCAAGCGGCUGAAGGUGCAGCUGAAGCGCUCCAAGGACGCUUCGAAGCCAUACUAGACACCGUAUUUGUCCCUGUCGUGGCUCUGGAGAAGACGCGAGACAAAGAGCGCGCUCACCCGGAUAAACACACUGACAGGAAUCAGGAAAAGUGGAAGCAAGCGAGGGAGAGCGGAUUAUCGUUCGAUGUUCUGUUUGUUCUUGUCGUUCAAUUCCAGAGAGAGAGAGAUAAGUCCAGUUGUUCUUAAUUUAUCGCGUCAUACCACCGUCACACCAUUCUCACAUUCGAAGCACACAUUCAACCGCGUUAAGUUUGCGACACAAAGAAAAUAUUACCAAUGAGUGAGUUGAGUGGGUGGGUGGAUGCGCAACGUCGUGCACAAAGAGGAGAGGAUGUUUGUUUGCUGUUUCCGGAUUGGUGAACGGAACCGUUUCUCGUUUACCUGUUUUAUUCGAUUUUAUUUUUUUGCUAUUGAUUAACCUUUUCGUUAUUUGUUCGAUGGUUAAGGCGGAGGUGAACGAUAUAAGAGAGAAGAGAAAAUUCCAAAAAGCAGAGUGAUACAAAAACACAAACACAAAAAACCAGCACAAAAACCAACAAAAUAGAAACAGAGAAGGUAGGAGUGGUUGUGCGUGGGAUACACUAAACUGAUCGUCGCUGUGUAGGCUAAUGUUCAUCCUAUGUAUCAUUAAUCGAAGUUUGUGGAGUAGUUUUUUUUUGUUUUACGACACCCUUCAUACUUUUACGCCCAUUAUUACAAUUAUUAUCGAUUAUACUUUCCACCGGAGAGGGGAAAAGCUAGCUAAUUUAGAGCGCCUGACGGCUGGGAAGGAUAGAAAUAUCCCAGAAAUCUUUUUUUUACAGAAGAGUUGUACGCACGAAUGAGGUUUCAAUCGAAGGAUUGAUCGCUUUCGAGCCACCAAACCAGUUCUGGCUUACGAAGACACUGGGACACACAAUAAGCUUUCCCAGGAAAUACCAAAGGCCUAGUAGUCAGAUUUGAUUUUGUUUAUUGAUUUAAUGUUUUCUUUUUUUAACGACCCAAGUGAACUAGAAUUUGUUUUAUUAUGCCGUUCUUUACGAUAUGUCAUCCUGAAUUGAUGAAACUGAACUUUAUUUAAGUUGAAACCUAAACAACAACAAUCGCAAACACACACAAACGAAUGAAUUACUUGAAUUUGAUUUUUUGUUACUUUGUUUUUCUUUAUAAUUACCAGUUUAACGCGUUGUAGUUAUGGUUAUUAAUUUAUUUUCAUAUCGAUCCACACUGAAGAGAGAGAAAAAAAACACACAUAAAACAAUUAGUUGAAUAAUAUGUACACACACACUCACACACAUUGGUUGAGUCAAUGGAAAGACAAACGAAACACUGCGAGCGGUGGAAAAUAAAAAAAAGGCAAAGAGAGGGACAUAGGUUUUUGCGUUUGAAACGCAGAAAGAGGUAGGAAAUAUGUUUAUGUAGAGAAGAGCAGCACCAGCAGCAGGAGUCAACACAUAAAGGCACACUACCGAGAAAAAGGGGAAAUAUACUUUGUUAAUAGAAAGUUAUGUAUACAUGUAACUAUUUGUGUAUAAUCAGAUUAAAUGUCAUUCAUUCAUUAUUGAUUCACCGGUAUCAACGCGCGUUAUUAUUAAUUCUAUUAGAGUCGAGUCGCUACCGACCAAUUUAGGUUUGGGCGGCGCAAAUUAAUUUGACACGCCUAAUCAGCCGGUCGUCCGACCUGACCUUCUCCGAUUUUUUUAAUACUUAUGAUGGUAGCUUCCCAAAAACACAAUUUUCAUUAUCAUAUGAUCAAUUUAAAUUACGACUGAUUUUUGAAAGGGCGUAAUCGAAUUCAACGAUCAUUCUUUCAAAAAAUCGUAACUCAAAAUCCAGAUGUCUGAUUAAAAUAUUUUGUUCGACAAAUUUGUUGUUCCAAUUCACUGUUAGAAAAUCUUGCUCAAAAAUUGAAUUUAAUAUUAAAAAGUUAUAUCUCAAAACACCCCCCCAUUCGAUAUUUUUUUUGUAUAUUUUUAGUGGAAACCUCUUUCAAUUUAAUAGAGUUUGACGUACAGUGGUGCUGUGGUAAAUUCAUCAAAAUGAAGAUAUGAAGUGUUGAAAAUAUAUGGAAUUUCAAUACCUUGUAAAAUCGUAACAAUUUAACAAAAGUAAUAUAAAAAAUGAAAUCUACAUACGAUUCAACAUGAAAACCUACAUAUAGCGUUUGGUUCUGGAACCAACCGUUAUCGAAAUAUAACCAUUUUUUUAUAGUGAAAACGAUGUCAGUAAAAUUUCUAUACGAUGUCGGAACAUCUAUUUGUUGUUAUUUUAUUUAUUGUAAACACCAAAUUUUUUUUCUCAUGCCAUUUAUAUUUGUGAAGUACAACGCUAAAGAAUAAUAUUUUUCGACUUUUAUUUAUUUCAACUAUGAUUAUUUAUAUACAGGAAAUAUUUCAAGUUCUUCUAUGGAAUUAGAAUAUCUGAAAUUGUUUUGUAGGCUCUAUUGUGUCCUAAGCUGAUGGCAGGUUGUUUUGGUCAGGUGAUUUCCCAUACCCCAUUCGGGUUGGGGACGCUCAUUCGAUGACGGGAGCGUAGAAAUGAUAUAUAUAUGAGUACCAGGUAUUAAUUUCGUUUUCUUAGAAAUCUGUUCAAAUUUUUCUUCAGCUAAUCUAUAAUCAUCUUUAGAAACCUAACAGAAGGAUUUUUGAGUUAUAAAAUUCUGCUUACUAUCAUUAACCCAAUCAUAAAGUUGUUUUGAAUGUUUCAGCGGAUGCCCAUGCUGCCUUGCGAAACUACCACUUCUUGCCAUUCGUUUAAAAGUUUCUCCUAUUUCAUCACAUGGACUUUUGCCAUGUGAAGCUGCAAAAAAAUGCAAUUCAACUUCUAAAGCAUAACUUCUCGUAAAUUUACAUAGACUAGCAAAGUUUUUUCUAUUCUUGUACUGAGAAGCAGGACCAUCUGACAUAAAGAUAACCUUUUUAUAGAUACAUUCGAUUUCAAAUGCCCCAAUAAUUUCGAUAUAAACAGCUGUACUGCAACGGUAUCAUGUUUCAAAACCUCCGAAAUGACAAUAAAGCUUAAGUUCUGUAGUGUACCAUUAUUAUUGCAAUAAAUCACAAACGGGAGUAUUUAUGCACUGGGAAUUAUUCCAAUGAUACCUCCGAACCGAAAGUAUAAUUAUCGGAAAAAUCACAUAUUACUAUAACUUCUCCUUCUUCCAAACAUUGUUUUCUUGUUUUUGAAAAUCUUGCUCGUUCAUUUUUAAUGAAAUCGCGAUGUAUCAAUUUAUCAAUUUUCUUCACAUUUUAUUGAAUUCAAUUUUACAUCUAUCACUUGACACCCACUGCUCAAAAACCACCUCUAUAACAUUUUUUUAUUCAAUUGAAAUUGAACUUUUUUUUUCGAAUGAUCAUACAUCAUUACAAUUCACACAAAUACUAUAUCCUUGUGCAUCCCUUUGUUUCGAUUUGCGGUGCGAUGGUUGUUUAUUGAAUUACACUCUGUCCAACUUCUAUAAGACCACCCUGAUUUUAUUUCGUUGCAACACAGUUAUAAUUGAUAUAAGAUACAUUCAUGCACUGUUGAAUGCUUAGAAGAAAGUAUAUUUAACGUCAAUUACGUUCAAAAGAGUUGUUUGUUUAUUUAUUGUGCUUAAAUAUGAUAAUUUCAGCUGUCCAGUUUCUAUAAGACCAAUUCAAAAUUCAUUAGUAUUGUCAAUGAAAAAUUCAAAACGAUCGGCUGAUUUACAUGUCAAUAAUUGUCAAUAUUGCCAUUUCGGCUAAUAAUCGGAAAAAUUCGUGUUGGAAUACUAUUUACCAAAUUCUGCUGAACGGAUUUCUCGAUAUUUUUCCAUGAUUCCGAAGUUUACGACCUUGAGCUCUCCAAUCGUGGUGUACCGUUUUCCCUCAGUGUAAAUUCUGCGUACAAGGAUCACCCUAAGAUUUUCAACAGGAUUUAAGUCUGGAGAGCCGGCCAGUCCAAAAAAAAAAAUAAGUCUUUGGUCCUUAAUCAAUUGCUUUGUUUUCUUGUUGGUAUGAAUAGUAGCAUUGUUUUGCUGGAUUGUGUUUUUUGUGACGAUAUCCACGCAAAAACGGUAGGAGAGAGGAUUCCAGGACAUGUAUUUAAUCCCUGAAUGAUGUGAAAGCUAUCUUGAUCUUCCGGUUGCGUAGAAUCCCGCCCAAACCAUACACGAGCCUUCACCAAAAUUCCUGGUUGAAAAAUACUGUUCCUUCUUCCUUAAAUCAUGUCAGUACCCGUUGAAACCAUCAGAACCAUCCAAAUUGUCCUUUUUUUCGUCAGCGGAGAUAACCAAUACAUUGAAGAACUUCUCGUUAUGGUAUAUAGCAAAAUGUAUUCUUUUGAAAACAUUCUUUGUCACAAGAUACCAUGUCCCACUGUCGGUCCAUGUGAGCUUUGGCAACACUCAGACGUCUUCCGAUGUGAGAUGGUGUAAGAUGAGGAGAUUUAACCCUUAUGUGAGGAUUUUUUACCAAAACUUGACGAAUUGUCACCCGAGUAACAUUUAAAUUGAAAUAUUUAUUCAUUUGCCUAAGCGAUUUUAAGGUAUACGAAGCUGUUCUAGCUAUUUCCCGCUUGUCCCGGUCAGAGAGCUUUGAUUUACGUGGAUUUCUCUUCUUCCUACCGUAUCCUUGAGGAUUCGCAAAAUAAUUGAAAUAAUUGAUGGGAUUGUCCAAUCCGACGAGCAAUUUCUCUGAUACUAACAUAUUCUUGGAAAAAUGCAUCGAUUUGUCUUUCUCCGUGAGCACUUUUCGCUUCGGAAUUUCCCAGAUUCAAUGAUCAAAACAACUAAAACAACGAAAAAUGCAACUGGUCUUAUAGAAACUUGACACUUGAAAAACACAAAAAUAUUCGUUUACGCUCAGCGCUUGCACACACACAUAUGAAAAUCAUGCAGUGUAUGGUAGUCACCAAUACCUACACACUAGAAUAUAAAUUGCAGCAUUGUUUGUUUACAAUAGCACAAAGCAGCAAGAUCUGGUCUUAUAGAAGUUGGACAGAGUGUAUUCAUCAUCAAAGACGAAGGGGUCAUUUUUCAUUCAAACUGAAAUAUCUCUGUAUGGGAAGGUCCUAAACGAACGUUCUAGGAACCAGAUGAGAUCUGGUUGAUGAGGUUAAUUGGAUUUGCUGUUGAUUUGGUUAGCAAAGAAUUGUGUUAGUCCAGAAAAUCUUUGAAAAACAGAUCGAUUUUUCAUUGCUUCCCGAUAUUGUUGCCCACUACACCUACACACACCAAGAUAAAAAUAUAAAUAAAAAUGUACGUAGGAUAUUCUAAUACCUUAGCUUCAAAAUGAUGUACAUUCUAUCAAUAUGCGUUGAUUUUUCACGAAGUUACAGCAUGUCAAAAAUCACUUAAAAAAGUUUUGUCGGACAUCAUAUUUCAAUCAGACUUCACGAUUUCGAGAUACUAUUUUUUGAAAAAAAGACCAAUGAUUUCGGUUACGACCUAUUCAAAAAUCAGUCGUUAUUUGGUCAUAUGAUAAUGAAAAUUGUAUUUUCGGGGAGCUUCCAUCAGAAGUGCUGUGUUUAGAAAACAAAAUCGGAGAAGGUGGGGUCUAAAUUUGCUGUUUUUUUCUGCUGAUUUGGCGUGAUAUUGCUUAUUUUGCAUUUGAAAUUAAACGCGGAAAAUUGCGUUGCCACCCCCACAUGAAAAUAAAAAAUAAUCUGCUCUCAUCGCGAAACGAAGGAGGGGGGGGGGAGGAGUGCUGCAUAACUAAUUAAAGCUAGUUUCAAAUAGACUGAGUGCGCGAAGUAACGGUGGGUGGAAAUGUGAUCGUUUCACCUGUGCUGCGUGGCUAUUUAAUAAUUAUCGUGAUUACAAAUUAUUGCCUAAUUAGUGCCGGUGACAAUGGGCGCGCGCAUAUGCUGUUGAUGAUUAGGUGUGACAGUUGGAAAAAUCUCUCGCACAUGUUCAUUUUGUCAUCAGGGAUGCCCCCCUACUCUCGCGUCCAAUUGAAUUGGAUUUUGAUUCAAAAUUUAAUAGUUAUUGGGAGACCCAGCGUCUCCGUUUUAUUAUAUUUUAAUGGUGGAGACGCACGGUGGAUUGUCGAAUCACACAAAUGGACCCUCCCCCCGGGUGUGCGAUUCAAUUGGGAACCCAGUUUCCAAAAUAAGGCAAUUACACUGAGGAAAAACAUGGCCCACCGCCGCGCCUGUUGUUGGUAGUUUUUAGUUCGAAACAGUAUGAAAUUAUAAAUACCCCAUAAGCAGCAGCGUGUCCUGUGGCUGUUGUACAUUGCAUUCGGAACACCGAAAUAAAUGCACCCUGUCUCUACAGGUGCACGGUUACCAGCAUUACCGCCGCCACCGCAGUCAUCUUUAAUUUAAGCACACACUCACUCACAGGCGCGGGCCCGCGUUUCGGCACAAGCUGGCUGAUUAUGAUAAAUUAUUUAAUUACACAAAUCCCACAACAUUACGGCUGUGUGUGUGUGCUUUUGGCACAGUGCCAGAGUAUUGCCCGUUUUUGCAAAUUAAUUAUGCCUGCAGUUUGGGGUGGUCCAACCAGGUUUGUUCAUUCCCGGAGCAUAACGGAAGAGCAGAGAAAAAUCCCCAAUCAUUCGUCCGAGCCGACUAAUCAAGACACAUAUCAGACGCGGAAAGUUUGAUUCGGUUUGCCAAGACUUGAACGCGCGCAGCAGCAGCAACUAGGAACAAUCAAUCACCCACUAAAAACCAUUGAACCAUCGUUGUUUCAAAUUAUAUGUUAGUCAUUCGAUUGUAAUAGAUUUUAUUUUUAUUGUUAGGCAGCACUCUUUUAUAUUAUUAUGCGUUGACUUUUAUGACUGUAAAUAUUAUCAUUUAAGUUCUGUUCAAUCCUACUAUCAACAGCUGUUCAUUGUCAACACGUCCACAUAUAACAAGUGCUGUAGCUUUAGUUCUCUGUGGAACUUCAUCCUGCGCUCGGGACCUUGUGCGUCCAUCGAAAAACACUGAGCCGGAUACGAAUGACAAAAGAAAAUAUUUAUGGUGAGCAAAGGAGGUUAUACCGGAUGCUCUUCUUUGUGAGGAUUCUUUGAUUGUUUGAAUGUUAUUGAUAAGCGAAGUUCUUACUUGUGUUCAGUAAUCAAUUUUCUAUUUUUGAAGAUUUCGUUCCAAUUAUAGACUCUUUUUUUUCGAUUCAAAUUUAAGUUUGGUCGAAUUUGUUUCUUGGGAUGUAUAAUUCAAUUAUCUUCAACAUAAAGAACAUUUUUACACCUGUCCCGAAAGAAUGAUGUUAUACGAUAUUUGAGUCUAGACUUUUGACAUGUUUCGAAUUUGUUCUAUUCAAAUUAUUUUUUUUAGCUUCAUUGACGUAGCUUUCAAACUUCAGCUAUCAGAAAACAUUGAAUAUACCCUUCAGAUAUUUAGCAACUGCUGCAGUCUUGUUAAGCGUGGACUCGAUUAUAUACAGUCUCCGAUUUCUUUUCACUGUAUAUAAUCGAAUUCUGUAUAUAAUGGAGUCAAAAAAAAUUUUUUUAUGCAUAUGUUUUUCAUUUAUUGAAAUAAAAUAAAAAUUUAAUUUUUGGUUCAUCCCCAUACAGUCAGAAAACACCUUUCUCAAUGAAAACAUUUUUCUCCAGAAUCUCUCAGAAGGUGAUAGGUGAUAGAUAUUUGAUGAAAAAAAAUCCUUCUACGCAUAUGUUCUAAUUUCAACAAUGACAGAGUUAUAGAACUUUUUUGUUUGUUUCGGACUCUGUUGCCUCAAACUGGCUCUACACUAAAAAGUACGCCAAUUCUGUUGCCUUCAUUUGAAGGAUGAGAAAAUUUAGUACAGAAUAUAGUAGUGGAACAUCUAAGUUAGUGGAUUUAAAUAACUGUUUUGGAAGUGAAAAUUUCUAAGUAAGUGAUUUUUAAUGUGUGAUUAUUAAUUUUAUCCCAAAAAUUCAUAUUGAACUUGAUUGUUUCCAUCAAUCAAAUUAAAGUUCUCAAAUCACUCUACAAUUUGUUCUUUGACACUCAACUUUUAUCUUUUUACUUAAUUUCGCUGCAAUAUUGAUAUAAACAAUUCCUGGUGAAAAUUCAAGCAAAAUCUCCAAAAAUCACGUUUUUUAAACCACUGAACAUAUGAUAGCCACUCAAAUUCCACCUUAAUGUUCAAAGGAUACAUUUUUUCUCGAAACAAGUGAUAUUUGAAAUAUUAAAAAAAAAAUUUUUUCAAACUGUAUCAUUUUUUUUCAGAGGCGCCACAAAAAUCUGUCAGUGUCCAACAAACGACCACAGUGUUAACAUAGGACUAUGAAUUUUGCGAAGCAAUAAAAUGCCAAUUUGAGCAGAUUUCCGAAUUAACUCACAAAAUUAACAUGUACUGUAGAUUGCUUGCUGUCUAUAACGACACUGGAACAAUGAACGUAUUUAUUUUAAUGUGCUGAACUUUUACGCCACUUUUAACCCGUAUGUACAAAUUCACGAAAAUUUAUUGAUAGAUCGAUGAAUAUAAAUAAGCUAUUCGCGGUUUCAUAGCAUUCACGAUUCAUCUGCCAUUCAGGCAGCAACAGCAGAGAUUUCGACAUAUUUUAAAUAACUUUUAGUUUUUAAAGUUUUGGCGGCCUUUAAAAGGAUCCAUGAGUUUGCGUGGUUUUCAUGAUUCAUUCUUGUUCUCACGAGAUUUGUGUCGUUAUUGCCAACGUGCAUCAACCGCGGACCAAUCUUGACUUCGAUGGAUUUAAUAGCAUAUUUAUAAAAAAAACAAGCACCACUCAUACACCUUUUAUCUUGUCUUGUCAUCGUGAAACAACUUACACGAACCUUUUUAAAUACAUAGUAUUCUUCCUUUGUGGACCCUAUGCUCUUGAAUUAGAGCUGAAUUCAUAGUAUCUUUGAUAAACCUCCUAGACAGCACACUCGACGCUGCUUUUGCGUGAUGGAGGUUUAUUUGCGGAACCUUAGUGUUCCGCAUUAGGUUGGGUUGUCCGCACAUUAGGUUUGUUUGGGAGAGUCGGAAUCCCAUCUGUUUGCUCGGAAAUGUUAUUGAAUUUAUUACUUCUUCCAGUAUUCGUAUUCGUGUUGGAUCUGGAGUGAAACUCACCUAUUUUACUCAGUUUAUUCGAAAUUUCUAUCCUGUUAGUGGUAGCCGCUGAGUUUGUACCUCUUGGGCCAGGAACUUCCAGAUUGUGAAACUUUAUGGUUUUCGGAGGGUCUUCACGAAGAAUCUUCGCCGUACCAGAAACCCUGCUGACGGCUCUCUUCGAGCUUCUUGUGGCGCCACAAAAUUGGAUUUCAGAUUAUCAGGAUUUUUGGAGUUUUGAGGUUUCACGUUGCUGGGCCUCAGAUCUUCCAUGAAUACGUUGGAGUUUUUCUGAGUUGUAAUUUGGAUUAGUUUUCCUCAGCCUAGUUUCGUCAAAUCUAAAGUGAAUACUUGCGAGUCGACUGUUCCGUGUUCAUUCCGCGUGAAUUCCAUGUGGAUUAGAACGCUUGAGUAUUCGCCAUUUGUCAGUGGAGAGAUUCUCGUUUUGACUCUCUAUGUAUUUCUUGAGUCUCUCGUCGUUGAAUGUUGUGUUUGGUGAAAUAAAAUGCAUGAAGAAUUUCUAGAUGCGGUAUAUUUUUUGCAUCUAGAGCAACUAAUUCCGUGUCAUUUCCUAGGGUAAUACUGGGAACUCCUUUCUACAACUAUUCCAAGGUUUGAUAGUCUUUAAACGAAAGGACUAGGUAAUCUGAAAUGUACCAGCAGUUGAAAAAAUAAGUUUUUAUCUGUUCAUUUCUUUGUUGCUCUAUUGCAAUCAGUAGAGCAACUUGCAAGAAAUUUAACUGGGCCGUUGAUAGAUCAGUGUUGGAUUGUCUUCCGAGAGUAUUGCAACUCGGAUCUGCUCCAAGGUUUCCCUUGUGUUGACAUCAUUUCUAAGAACAUGACGAAUAACUUUCUUUCCUCUCGUUUCCGGAGGCAGUGUUUCUGUUUUUGAACAUUAAUUUUUUGUCACUAUUCAGUGCUUGCUGCCGAGCUUCCCUUGUUGGGACCCCAUCUGGCGACUCACAAUGAGUCGGAGUGUUGAGGAUGGAACAGGAGCAGGAUUGAUCAUCAGCAGGUGCAUCGCUCAGUACGACAUCCUCUUCUACACUCAUAGAGUCAAUCUUUAUGAAGGUUUUUCCCGACAAACAGUGGCUGUCGGAAUCCGCAAAAUUUUGAUUAUUUGGAUCAUUCAUUAAAGUCCCACGAGUUGCACGGUGAAGAAGGUCCGCUGCCAUAAUAAAUUCUAGUACUUUUGUCUUUUGGAGUGUAACUCACAUACAAAGUUUUUUUAUUUGUUUAUAUUUCAGAAAAAAACAAUGGUUUGGUCAAUCGUGCCUGUGACAAAUGUGCUGAUUUUCAACUCCAGUCAGAUGGUAUUCUUACUUCUCAAUAGCUUUAUUUGAUUCUCGUUGAAAACGAGACCAAAUUUCGCAUUUUUCAGCAAUUCUAUCAACAAAUCUGAUUGUUGUUCGAGCAUAUAUUUUUUUGCAAUUUUAUUAUUUUUCAUUCUUUAUAACCGUUCACCAAUAUUUAGGCACCCGUUGUGAGUACCUUAAUGUUAAAUAAAAUGGCCCCUAGUUCCCGUUUUUGUAAUAAAAGUAAACUUACGUUUAUCUUCGUUUCUUUUAUCAAACCUUUUCAAUCGUUCCAACAAACCAGCAAUCCUCACAAAUAACAGCAGCUAACCAAACCUCACUUCAUGAUAAUUUCUGUCACUCGAACCGAAACCGACAAACUUAUGAGAAAUGAAACCAACAUCAACUCCGGUACAGACAUAAUCAUACGACUGAAUAAUGUUAAAAGAAAUCCACACAACAACAAACAAAAGAGAGUUUGCAAAAAAACAUAAAAUAACACAGAAAGGAGCAAACACAAAUUGUCAAAUAAUUAUUGUAGAUAAAACAAUGUCAAGUAUGUGCGUAAGCCCGAGCGAAGCUUGCUCGGCUGGCAGAGAUACAAACUAGGAUUACGUUCACCUUUUUUGUACAAUUCAUUGAAAAACAAAAACACCUGUAAAAUAAAACCAAAACGAAACUCAAGAAUGCUAAAGUAAAAAAAACAACGUGCGUGUGCGUAUAUAUAUAUUCCCCGCUGCGGUUGAUUUCCACCGUUUCCACUUUCUGUUGAUUGUCUGCAGCAAAUGACCCAGUUGUUAAUUGUUUGGUACACCACAUUCACAUUCACGAUAAGACAAAAUAAAACACUAUAGGGAAAACACCCGAAAAAAAACCGCAACCACCACCAUUCUUUUUGUAGCAGGGAGCAAGUGAGCAAGAAGAAAAAGUAGAUCGAUAGUCGAUAGGAGAGAACAAGAAGAAAAAACAUGCGCGUGGAGAAUCAUGUAGUGUAAAAAAGUGAAAAGUAAAAUGAGUAAAAUUCUAGUGAAAACACAAAAAAAGAAGGUAAACGCGUCGCACCUUUGAAGGGCGCGACCCAUCAUUUUGUACAUUUUCGACCUUUUCGGGGGAAGGGGAGCGCGAUGUGAGAAACGCGAGAGGAUGAUUCUUUUCUCACUCGAAACUAAAUAUUAAAUAGUAAAUGAAUGAAUGAGUGGAGUGAGAAGAGAGAGAAAAAAAAAUAACAAAACCUACACAAAAAAUCGCUAAAUGUGCCAGUUUAAAGAAACCAAAUAAAAUUACGUGAGAGAGAGAGAGAGAAAGCGCGAGAAAGUGUGAGAAAACGGAAAGCGUUAGAGUGGAGAAGUGGUUCGAGAAUAUGAGAGUAAGUUUUUUUUCUUUCUUGGAAACUGGAUGUUAUGUUUAGAUAAGUCGGAAUUAAAAUCAGUGAAACUACGUGAACCUAGGAAGGAUAAGAAAACAAAUGUCUAUAAGAUGGAAAGGGAAGAAACAGAAAAAAGGGAGGAAAAGCAGAAAAAAACUUAACUAUAUAUUAUAUACACUAGGUACUUAUAUAUUGAUAUAUAUUAUAUACAAAGAUGAAAGUGAAGGCGAAGAACACGUUCUUUAAGUUAAUUAUGGAGAGGAAGUGAGUCGUAAUGAUUGUUUGAUAGUUCUUUUUUUCUGUCCAAGAGAGAAAUAUGAUGUGUUUUUGCAAACAAGAAUCACGAUUCGGCUUAUUUCUGUUCUGUAGUAAUAAUGUUAGUGAAGAUUGAAAUCGGAAGAUGCGAACAAAGUGUUGAUUUUCACGAUACUUAGAAAAAAGAAAGGAAACAAAUCAGGCAGCUUAGGGUCCGUUUCUUUUAAUCGGAGCUAAUAUUCGUGUCCAAUUUUGUUCUGUUUCCUUUGAAAUUUGAUAAAAUAAAUUUUGAAGCCAUGAAGAA